AUGGACUACCUGCUAGGAGUCAACCCACUUAACGCCUCCUACAUGGUCGGCUUCGGCCAGUCCUAUCCACAGAAGCUGCGCCACCGGGCGGCGUCCAUCGUCUCGUUCAAAGCGGACAGCACGCCGGUUACCUGUGAGGGCGGCAAGGCGGACUGGCUCAUGAGCGCGGACCCCAACCCCAACGUGCACGUGGGGGCCAUUGUUGGGGGGCCUGACGCGGACGAUGCAUUCAUGGACGACAGGCAGCAGGCAGCAUUCAACGAGCCAUCCCUGUUCACCAACGCUGCUGCUGUCGGUGCCCUCGCCCGCCUUGCUGCCGGCGCCCUCCCCCCCGGCCCCUCGCCCCCCCCUGCCCCGCCCUCCCCUCCCCCUCCGCCAUCCCCUCCUCCCAACCCCCCUCCUCCCCCGCGCCCGCCCAAGCCCCCUCCGCCUCCCCCCAGCCCGCCCUCCCCUCCGCCUUUUCCCCCACCUCCAGCCACGCAAGUGACCAUCACGUGCACCAUCUCAGGGGGAUGGACGGCAGACGGCAAGGACGUGGCACAGUGGGGGUGCACCCUCACCAACACAGACCCUCUCUACCCCGUCACAGCCAUCUCGCUGCUCUGCUCCUCCUUUCAGCCGCAGCAGUACUGGAACAUCGACCCCGUAGCCUGCGCUCUCCCGGACUGGGCCAGGAACCUGGGUCCGGGGGGGAGUGCCUCGUUUGGAUUCAUACAGGAAAAGGCGACCGGGUUUCCCCCUCCUCCAACCAACGCCCCUCCUCCUACCACCCCCCCUCCUUCCCCUCCUCCUUCCUCCUCCUCUCUCUCGCUCGAGCAAAACCUGCUGUACGAAUGGCCUCCUGACGCUGCUGCAUUCAACAUCACCAUUUCAAAUCCAUCCACCCGCACCGCUGUUGUGGUUACCAUAUCCGUAACCCUGCCCGUCGAUGACCCUCCUAUUACCAGCGUCUGGGGUCUUUCCGCUGCGGGCAGCUCCACCGACAGCUCUUCGGGCAGCUUGAAAAUUGUGACGCUGUACCGGGUUAGUGCGAAUCUGCUGCCCAUGCUGCCCGGAGAGACGGCGCAGGUGGGGUACAUCAAGCCUGGGCAGCCCGGAAAUGUUUCCAUUGCAGAGGUAGCAUGGAUGGAGCAGUCCCCCCCUCCCCCUUCCCCUCCCACCAAACGGUCCCCUCCUCCUAAACCCCCCCGUCCCCCUCCGCCUAAACCCCCCCGACCCCCUCCCCCUCGGCCCCCAAAGCCUCCUCCUCGACCCCCACCCCGCCCUCCCCCCCGCCCUCCCCCACGCCCCCCACCACGGCCUCCCCCACGGCCUCCCCCACGCCCUCCCCCGCGCCCUCCCCCACGCCCUCCCCCAAGACCUCCCCCCCCCAAAAAAAGGUAA